UUGCCUUCUAAUCACGACUCUGCGGCAUUGCUGUGCUAAAUUUGUCAUUUAUAUGCGGUCUUUUUAUUUUUUUGUCAGCCCUUUCACAUCUGCUUGCUGUGUUAUAUGCGCGUUGCCAAAUCCCCUCAGUCACGACGACAAUGGCGUCACAAUCACGAAGCAUUUCAUCGCUCUGCUUUGAUCCUGGUAUACUUUCGACUCACAAAUUUCACAAAGGUAAAAACAAUAUAAGUGUCGAAAGAAGGCACGCCAGGUGAAUAAUUUGUAGUGUUUUAUCAAAUUAUUAUCUUUUCAUUCAUAUCAAAAUGAUUUAUGACUUUUUUUAACGAUGUACGUGAACGUCCCUCGUUUGAAAACGUCAUUGGAAUUUAGGUGACCACACAUAUCGCAAGUUUGAAAUACUUCUGACAAUAGUUAUGAAAUAUGAACACACGUUUAUCAUCCACACGAAAACGCAUUGCUUUCCCGUUUAGUUAAGUUUUUCGUACUCGGUUCUGUCCUUAUUUUUGUACGGUCAUUUUACUUGGCAGCAUCACUGCACCACACACAGGUUGCCAUACGAGCUAGCUAGCUAUUUUUGAGUUCUUCCAGUUAACAAAAACUUAUUUUGUUACAUCUACAUAAACCCUGCUGCCAGGAAACGCAUUCUGUAUUUUGUUUUUAAGCUGUAACUCACAUUUAUAUAGUACUAUUUUAAUGUUCAUUUUAUCUUUGUUUUGAAUCUACAGCGCAUGCGCUAAGUAAUAAACGUGAUACACAAAAAAAGCGCCACUCACAGAAAUGGCAUAUAAACUACAUAAUUUAGGUGGCUUCGCGUGGAUGAAUAUAAUUUUGGACGACGUAAUCAUUUUUAUUAGGGUUUCCAAUAAAUAAUACGUUUUCGCGAGAACAGGGUUUCGUCAUGCGCGCGCGUGCACGCACGCUACCGUCAUACGUGCGCGUGACACACCUCCGGGUAGCCAUCUAGCUAACAUUCGGCUAAAUCUCCGGUGGGCGUGCGCCGGGCUGUCAGGGACUAAAAUUUUCCUCUUCCGUGUUGUUAUGUGGUGACGCGAGCCAACGAAUUGGACUCGUCCGUCUGCGUCUGUCCUCCUCGGUUGACCACCGGGAGCAGCCAUGGAGUGCCGUGUCCUGUCCAUCCAGAGCCACGUCGUCCGGGGUUAUGUGGGCAACAAGAGCGCCUCGUUCCCGUUGCAGGUUUUAGGCUUUGAGGUGGACUCCAUCAACUCUGUGCAGUUCUCCAACCACACAGGAUAUUCUCACUGGAAGGGCCAAGUGUUGACAGCUGACGAGCUCCAUGUUCUCUACGAAGGCAUCAAGCUCAACAACGUGCACCAGUAUGACUAUGUCCUAACAGGGUACACACGGGACACAUCCUUCCUGGAGAUGGUGGUGGACAUUGUUCAGGAGCUAAAGCGAGCCAAUCCAAAUUUGGUGUACGUGUGUGACCCUGUGCUCGGUGACCACGGAUCCAUGUACGUUCCCCAGAAUCUGUAUCCGGUGUACAAGAACAAGGUGGUUCCUGUGGCCGACAUCAUCACUCCCAACCAGUUCGAAGCAGAAUUGUUGACAGGGAAGAACAUUAGCACAGAGAAAGAUGCUGUAGAGGUGAUGGACCUGCUGCACAACAUGGGCCCAGACACAGUGGUUAUCACCUCCUCUGAUCUGCCCUCCAGACUGGGUGAUCGCUUCCUGGUGUCGCUAGGCAGCCAGCGUCACGUUCGCCCAGAUGGCAGCAGGACAACACAGAGAGUCAGAAUAGAAGUUCCCAAAGUAGACGCCGUCUUUGUGGGAACCGGUGACUUGUUUGCUGCGAUGCUUCUGGCAUGGACGCACCACUACCCAAAUGACCUCAAGACGGCUUGUGAGAAAACGUUUUCAGUGAUGCAUCACGUCAUCCAGCGGACCAUAUCGUAUGCACAUGAACUGGCAGGUCCCGGUCGGAGACCCAGCCCGCCCCAGCUGGAGCUCCGGAUGGUCCAGAGCAAAGCAGACAUAGAAGACCCCGCCAUUGUGACGGAGGCCACUGUCAUAUCGUAACGACCGCCAACCUCUCGCCACUGUCAAGGUCAUUUUGUAACGCAUCAUCCUGUUGGGUCGUCUGACCCUUUUUGGUCUUUUUAGCCUUCAUGCAGAACCACAGAUAGACAGAAAGUGUAAAGUGUAAACCGUCAAAAAGAAGACAUGAGGUGCACUCUCCAUGGUCAGCAAUUGUCUAAAUGUGGCUCCAUUUCCACACGUCGUUUAGUAGUGAUGUAAUGGUGAACAGCCCUCUGAUCCCUCAGAAAAUACUACAAAGGGAAAAAAAUGCACAAUGUAUAGUUGAUGUAUAGAUGUUGUACUAUAACUGUAUUGGAGCAUCUGUAUGAUAGCUGAACUGUCUUUUGGACCAUCGUGUGCUACUCAAUCACACCUUCACUUAUCAAACAUUUUGGUACAUUUAGUCAAGUACUUGAGUAGUUUUGGGAUACUUCACUUACCUCCACCUUAAAACUCUUUCAGUGCAAUUGUUAGCAAUAGACGACUGAUCAAUUUGGACAAUUACAAUGGAUUGGCCGUCUAUUGCCGUAAAUUGCACCCAAUGUUUUAUUGAUGCUGUAUCGUGCUGAAGUACUUUAUCGUUGACAAAAACUGAAAACUCUACAUAUCUGAUCACUUUACAAUUUCUUUAGAUAUUUAUAUUAUGUCUCACAUAGUUUACAAAAAAAUUAUCAUGAAAACUUGUGUUUGGCUUAAGGGCCAAAAUUGAAAGUGUUGCGCAAUUUUUGUAAUUAGCAUCCUAAAAAGAGUUUUAAAAAAUCAUUACAUCUUGCAAUAAUGUAAUAAUAUCUGGAGUAGUACUAGUAACGUAAAUAUCUUGAUGUCACAAUUUGAAAAGAGACGCUACUGGCGUGAAACAUUCCAAAGUGUUUUCCACAAAAUGGAUGACGCCUUUUAAAAUGAGGAGGUCGAUGUCACGAACUAGUUAUUUUUCUUGUUGUUCGCUGUGUUUGAAUUUUUUCAAGUUUGUCUCCUCUUCUACAAUACCGCAUUUCUUCAAUUAGUGGCUACAUCACUGAGUCUGUUGGAACUUCGUUGCAAAAGAAAACAGCACUGAGAGAGGUUUUUUAUUUUAUAUUCAUUGAUGCAGGGAGUCUGCAAGUUAUAGACAAACCAUUUUACACAAUAUAAAAUAUAUGUGUAACAAUUAGUCGAGUAUAAUGCAUAGCACUUCAACAGACAACACUUGUUCAGAUUUCUAUUUAGACUGGCCUUUGGUGCCAUCUUGUGGGUCUGUGGGAGGCCUCGAGGAUGACUAGGCAGUCCAGUGGACAAUAUUUAACAAAUUGAUUGAUGCUAUACAAUGAUAUCAAAAACAACUUCAAAGUCCAUUCAGUGUGAUGAGAUGCCAUAGGUGGGAUUCUCAACAAAUUUUAGGACAUGUAAAACAAUGGCUUGCUAAGAUUGCACUUUAGAAAGCGCAUUAAAUGCGAACCAAAAAUAACAUUCCUGAGUGUUUCUUCAAACUACGCAGAAUUGCAUUAAAAUACCUGCACAACAAAAAAGUAAAUGAAGAUCUAAUUACAAUAAAAGAACAAUUGGCUUGCAAACUUGCAUAGCAAAAGUCCGGUAGCCUAAAUGCUAUAAAAUGCAAACUUUUUUACAACGCUCUUAACAAAUCGUUCACAUUCCCACAAAUAACUGCUAAAUAUACCUAUAAACUAAAUUACGAAUGUAUAAAGAAUACAUUAGCUCAAACAAAAACUUAUGUUAGUCUUAACAGGGAGCAGCUGGAUUCAACCAUGUUAAAUGAGUUAUGCCAUAUUCACUGUUGCCACUAGAGGGUAGUGUAUCCACCCAAAUCAAUAAAACUAAAAGCAAACAUUUUCAAAACAAACCAUUACAACGGCACUCUAAUCAAACGAAUCCUCGAAGCAGCAAAAUUUGAUUCUAAGCUUUUUUCAUAAUGGAAUAGAUAUAUACACUGUAUAUUUAUAAAGUUAACAUGUCUUUAUUCAAAAAUGUGUCAUUAAGUUAAUUUUUCUACCUAAUUGUAUUAAGAAUAUUAUGAUUCAAAUAAUUGUUAGUAGCAGCCCUUUAAAAAUAUUACAAACAGAGAAAAUACUUUGAAAUAGAUUUUUUCUGCAGCACAUUAAUGUGGACGAUAUCCACUGCCGUGUCAGUAAAUAUUUUAAAGCCACUAUUUGAAGGAAUGCAGUGUUCUAGUAGGUGCUAACAAUUGAGCCAAUUGCAGACAAAAUUCAAGGCGAACAAAUGUUCUGCUCAGUAACUUUUGUCAUGUUCAUUUUCCACCAAUGUGCUAACUUUGUACUGGUAAUCGUGCAGUGACUCGUCAAUCAUCAUAAGUAUCGAUCAUCAAUAUCCUUGCUAAGCUGCUUUUAGCUCGACUUCACACAUAUCUCCAUGUAUCUGCUUCUAUGUCAACUUAAUCUAGCUCCUCCGUCAUUUUUUGACUAGUGUCUUAGCUUCCUGCUCGCUAAGCAGGCGGCCGUGUUGAUCGGUCCAAAUGUGUACCUGUUGUGUUUUCAGAGGCUGUAUGUGUGUGUAUUUCUAUUCAUGAAUGGUCACAGGGUUUUAGUAUGUAUGUAUGUGUGUGUGAGUGAGAUGACAAGGACAACAUCAAUGAACUCUAGUUGUGGCCAAGCAAGAGCAAAGGAGCAUGUUAGGGCUCCUUAAAUUUCAUGUGAUCAUAAAAAAAAUCCAACCGAGGUAGGGGCGUUGGCAGAUCUCUUCCUCAACCACUCAGCUUGGUACAAAGAAUAGAGCAAGUCUAAUGAUGCAGUGGGUAAAUAAAUUGAUUUAAAUAGAUUGGAGCACUUAAUUUGUACAUGAUUUUAAAAGAAAAUAUUUUUUUUUUCAAUUUACGAGCUGUUGUUUAGCCAUUUCCAGAGAAAUUACCAAGGAUGAGUUGAAGAAAUGACACAAUUUACUCAUUAGCUGCCAUUGACGCCAAUAGACGUCCUAUCCAUUUUGACUCGGACCCUAAAUGGCAACCACUGAGUUAAAGUGCAAUAAUAUCAACAUUGGCGGGGGAAAAAAUAUCUUUUAAAACUUGGAGUUUUGUGGUCCUAAGUAUUGGACAAUCGUUGUGUGAUGUCACGCGAGUUUUAGGAAUGCCUCACAUCACCUCGAGUUUUCUGCCUUGUGCCCCUUAAUAAUUUUACAAACUUGGUAAUGUGUGCGUUUGUGCAUUUUCUGUCCUCAGUUUAAAUAUUCCGCUUCCUGUGGCUGCUUUCAAACACCGCCAGCUUAAAAGUUACAUCUCCACAUUUAUGUCUCGACUAAAGAAGCACAAAUGAUUUAUGAGACAUGUUUAGUUUAUAUCAGAAGUUCAACAUGUCACCUCAUUUAAAAAACAAAACAAAAAUAAUGCCGUAGGACGCACUUUCAUUCGAUGUAAUUUUCUAUCAGUGUGUAAUUGGUGGUAAACGUUUGAAAACAGAAAAUAAAAGACAAAAUAUGUGAAGCACACAACGUUAGUUACCGGGAAACAGUAAGCAACUGGUCAACGUUAUUGUUAGUCGUACUAAAAAUAAAUGUGACAACAUUUAAAUGUGCCCCUCUUCUGACAUUUACAAGUUCAUCUCUCCCAACUUUUUGUUAAGUUCUUUGUGGCCAAAAACAAGAAGACAAAAUGUAUUUAAUCAUUGUUUGGUAACUGUUUUUAGUGCUAUGUUUUUGCAGUCUUUUCUAACAUGUUACAAUACAAGAUUGUAGUGUAAAUUCACAUUUAUAAAGUAUAUAAAUAUAUAUAUAUAUAGAUAUAUAUGACAAAUGUAUGUUCUAAUGCAAUAAAGACAA